AUGGCAACAGAUCGGCCAUCUACGCCCCCUACAUCGGCCGGCGCUCCGGGGAUUGGGGCACAGCCCCAGAGCCAGCUUACCCCGGAGCAACUGAAGAAAAUCGAAAUCAACCGGAUGAAAGCCAAGGCCCUGCGAGAACAGCGCGAGGCAGAGCGGGCUGCGAGACCGGCUGCUACGCCUGCAAAGGGAGUCAAGCGGUCAUAUUCCUCUUUAACCGCAUCCGAAACGCCUGGUACCGUUCGCGACGGGCGUGCCAAUAAUGCCUCGGCGGAUCAGCCUCUGGAUUCCAUCAAACCGGCGCGGAAUUUUACGAAAUAUGUCGAAUAUGAUUUCAGCAAGAUGACGGAUACGAAGGGAGGGUUCUUGACACAAGAAGACGACCCGUUUAAUAAGGCGCUGCAUGUCCGCGAUGAAAAGGAGCCGAAACCCGCGAAUCUGACGCAGGCGGAAUGGGAGCGGCAGAAGUUACUCACUUCGCUUCGUCGCGAUCGCGCGGGCCCGUUUGAGCCGAGCAUCAGCGUGCUGGACGAGAAGAGCCAGCAGAAAACCUGUCGCGAAUGCGGCAGCCUGGAGAUCGACUGGAAAUGGGAAGAGACCCUUCACUGUCGCGUGUGCAAUCCCUGCAAGGACAAGUAUCCGGAGAAAUACAGUCUUCUCACGAAAACCGAAGCCAAGGAAGACUACCUCUUGACAGACCCCGAGCUUCGGGAUGAAGAGCUCCUACCGCAUCUCGAACGCCCAAAUCCCCAUAAAUCGACGUGGAAUAACAUGAUGCUCUAUCUACGAUACCAGGUCGAGGAGUACGCGUUCUCUCCCAAGAAAUGGGGCUCCGCGGCGGCGCUGGACGCCGAGUUCGAGAGCCGCGAGAAUGAGAAGAAGCGACGGCGUGAGGCCAAGUUCAAAACCAAGCUACAGGACCUGAAAAAACGGACGCGGGUGGAGGCCUAUCGGCGGAAUCGACAGGGGGCCGCCGGGGGCAGCUUCGGGGACGAUCUGGGCAAUGGGGGGAGGCAUGUUCACCAAUGGGGGAGGUCUCUCCUGGAUCCAGAGACGGGAAUCGGAACCAAGAAAUGUGUGGAUUGUGGCAUGGAGGUCGAAGAGCUGGAAUUUUAG